AGAGAAAAUCAACAGACUAAAAAGGAAAUGAAGAGAGAGAGAAGAAUUUGUAUCAGUUGUUUAGUACAAGGCUGCAAGCUGUAGAAGUGAAUAAUCAUCAUCACUAUUGGUUACGUAAUGAUGGAUCUCCGCCGACAACUCUCGUCUCUCUCUCUCUAACUCUCGUCAAUCUCAAUAUCUUACUCUCUUUCUUUAUCCAUUAAUAACACCUUCAAACUUCUUACUGGUCUAGAAUCUAGCUGAUGACGAUGAAUAGUAAAAAGUUGAUUUUAAAGUAACAAUAAAUAAAAAGAUCGCGAAGAGAUUAGUUUCACUUCAAACUCUUGUUAUUUUCCCCUAAACUACAUCACAAAACUACAAAAACCAACAGUUUUUUCUUUACUUUCUCAGUGUAACUAAUUUUAUAUUUGUAUUUUAAUUUAAUAAUCAAAAUAUAUCAUCAUCUAUAUAUAUAUAUAUAUAUAUAUCUGUUUUUCUAUGAAGAUAGCCAAGAAAGAGACAGCUCAAUCGAUCUAGUUUUUUUCAUCUUUCACAUUGGUAUUCAUGUUUUUUUGAUUUGAACUCAUAGCUGGAAAGUUCUUACAACCGUCAGAUUCCAUCCAAUCAAUACCUUUCUUAAAUUGAAUUCAUCCUUUUUUCGGUUGUCUUCAUUAAAUAACACAAAUAUUAUUCAUUCAUCACUUCUGAAUUCAAGUGCUUAAGUCCUUUGUUGAUUAAUAGUAAUUUAGAUCUGAUCUGAUUACCAAUUAGGUCAAGAGAGAAAUGGAAAGUGGUGAUGGUGGUGGAGGGAAACUUGGAACUUUGAAGAUGAAAGAAGAUCGUAACGGAGGAGGAGAAUAUGGUGAUUCUCCUUCGAUGAAUGGUGCUGAUUUAGAUGUUUCUGUUUCUUCUCCGUUUACUAGACAAAAAGCUGCUGCUGCUAAACAGAUUAUUGAGAAUCACUAUAAGAACUACUUACAAGGACUUCAUGAUCGAUUAGAAAGACGGCGAACACUACAAAGAAAAGCAGCAGAAGCUCAAAUUUCAAAUGAGGAAGAACAAGAAAUGUUAAGAAAUUUGGAGCGGAAGGAGACGGAAUUAAUGCGAUUGCAAAGGCAUAAAGUUGGAAUUGAUGAUUUUGAACUCUUAACAUUAAUUGGUAAAGGUGCAUUUGGUGAGGUUAGACUUUGCCGAGCUAAAACAACUGGACAGGUUUUUGCAAUGAAGAAGUUGAAGAAAUCGGAAAUGCUUAGUCGUGGACAGGUUGAGCACGUUAGAUCUGAGAGGAAUUUGCUAGCAGAAGUUGAUAGUCGAUGUAUUGUGAAGCUUUUCUACUCAUUUCAAGAUUCUGAAUUCUUAUACCUUAUCAUGGAGUACUUACCUGGUGGUGAUUUCAUGACUCUUCUGAUGAGAGAAGAUAUUCUUUGUGAAAAUGUUGCGCAAUUCUACAUGGGAGAGAGCAUUUUAGCUAUUAGCUCUAUACACCAACAUAACUAUGUUCACAGGGACAUAAAACCAGAUAACCUACUGUUGGAUAAAAAUGGUCAUGUGAAACUCUCUGAUUUUGGUUUGUGUAAGCCUCUUGAUUACAAUUAUUCAACAAUUUUGUUGGAAAAUGAAGAUUUCUCCAUUCAAGAUACAAAUAUGACCGAAGCAGAAGGAAAUUCUAGGCCCGAUGGAGAGCCUUGGUCAAUGCCUAAAGAUCAGUUGCUUAAAUGGAAACGCAACCGUCGUGUAUUGGCUUAUUCAACCGUGGGGACACUUGAUUAUAUGGCACCAGAAGUUCUACUGAAAAAAGGUUACGGAAUGGAGUGUGAUUGGUGGUCUUUGGGGGCAAUUAUGUAUGAGAUGCUUAUAGGAUAUCCUCCAUUUUGUUCCGAAGACCCAAGAAUUACUUGUCGCAAGAUAAUUAACUGGAGAACAUGCUUGAAAUUCCCCGAGGAACCAAAAAUAUCACCUAAGGCUAGGGAUCUGAUCUGUCACUUGCUUUGUGAUGUUGAAACUAGACUGGGAACCAGAGGAGGAGUGGAAGAAAUAAAGGCACAUCCAUGGUUUGAAGGUUGUCACUGGGACAAGUUAUAUGAGAUGGAAGCAGCUUACCAGCCUGUUGUUGAUGGGGAAUUAGACACACAGAAUUUUGAGAAGUUCGAUGAUGUAGAAGAUCCUACAGCGGAGUUGCCAAGAGUGGGACCUUGGCGUAAGAUGCUGACAUCAAAAGAUGCCAAUUUCAUAGGAUAUACGUACAAGAAAUCAGAUGGUCUAAAAGCUCUUGGAUCGUCAGGUACAAUAAGGUCGAAGGGUGCGUCGAAGACUCCAUCUCUUAGUUCCUUGUUUGGCCAAGUCGAUUUGAAAGAAGGUGUAAUCCCCGGAGGCGAGCAAAAGCAUUUAUCCUCCUGAACUUCGCCCUCGUUUCUUCCAUAAAGAGAUGGUACCCACAAUUUUUUACUCCGUGCAUGUCAUCUGAAAGCAAUUGUUUCUAGGAGCUUUGAAUAAAUUUAAUUCACACAAAGUAGUUGAUCAAGUCUCUUAAUUAAACACCAUUUUUUCUUCCAGCGUUUGUAUAAGUGUUUUGCUUCUUGUUUUGUUUAGUUGGAAGAUGGUUGACGUUUAUAUUCCCCUCAGCGUAUCAGUGUAUUUGUAACUUCUUCAACGUUGUAACAUGAAAGUUGGAAAAAAAAUCUUUUGUUAAACACGUGCAAGCAUUUUCUCUUUAUAUGUAGAAAUGAAAACCACUGAAGGUUUGAUUACCAA